AUGGAAUCUCCAGUGAGAAUAUGUCUAGGUGCGGCAGUAGUAGUAAAUAUACUACUUUUGACAAGCACAACAGUUAAUGGCAGCGCUUUGCCACACGAAACGAACCCAACGACGAUAACAGACGAAAAAGACACUAAAUACAACCGAAUGAAUAGUACAUGGUCCGUUAAUAGUAAGACACCAAAUGUAGCUCUGAAUGAGUUACACCCUAAAGAAUCUGCAUCCGAAGAACACACUGAAAAGAAUGCUAAAUAUAAAGAUAGAGGAAGGGUAAAAUUCCAUUAUCAAUUGAGAUCUAGUACAGAAAGCACAUUAAGGAGGAUUAAAUUAUCCACCGAACCUGCUAGUUUAGUGAUUGUAACACCUACACCUGAUGUAAAGAAACCGUCACAAAUAAUAGACAGUAUGCGAACUUACAAGACUAAAAUACCAGAUUUAGCUUUAAGUACCAGUACUUCUGCGACUAUAUUACUUAAAGCUGACAAAGAAAACCAGAGAUCUAAAAGCAAUGACAAAGAGGGCGAAGAGGAGAAAGAGGAGGGAGACGAGGAAAAGGACGAAAAGGAGGAAGAGGAGGAGGAAGACAAAGAAGAAAAGGAGGAAGAGGAGAAAGAAGAAGAAAGAGAAAACGAUGAUGAUUUUAAGAAAUACACCUCAAGCAAAUUCUAUGGGAGCAACUUAUUCAACAUGCAUGAUAAUGAUUAUAAGAAUAAAAAGUACAAUCAAGUUAAGGAAUAUGUCAGUACCCCGUCUUUUGAAAAAUAUUCUAGUUACUUUUCUAAAGAUACCUACAGCUCAAAAGAAAGUAAAAACGACGAGCCUUAUAAGUCGCAAAGUUUCUUUGAUUUUGAUAGCGAUCUUACAACUCCAAAGAAUAAUUUGUUUGAUAAAAAAUAUCAUGACAUAUCCACCAGUAUAAUGAAAAAUCUAGCCUCAGUGAAAGGCAGAUCACCUAUUUUAAAUGCUACUAGUCCUCAAAACAUUAUUAAGGAAAAUGUGGGCAUUGAGAAAUUUAGCAAUGGGUCACCGAAUAACAAAUCAAUGGUAAUAAUUAAAAAUACCAAGGAAAUUCACCUCCUUGAUAAUGAGCAGGCUGGUUCGGCCAACAGAGAAUUAUCUGAUGUUCAGGGUACGAGUAUUUACUAUGAAAUGUCAGUGCUAUCAACAGAAACAUACAAUAUGAUUCACUCUAGCGACGAUGAUUGUGACAACGAAACAUUGCCACUAGAAACCACGCCAAGAGUUACGUCUCAACAGGAGGAAGAUGCUGAUGCUUUAAAAGCUACACCACCUACUAUAGCGCAAGUUCCAACUAAACCAGUCUUUCCAGACUCUUUACCUGGUUCUUUUUCCACUUUACAACCGCUUUUAAGUAUCAUUCCAAACUCAUAUAAUACGAUAAUACCAAUGCUUGAAUCAGACGUUCCAAUUUCUACACAAAAUUCAAUAAAACUUCCCGAUCGACCAAUCAAAGUAGACUCAAGUAGCUAUACGAGAAACCGAAGUUACUCGAAACGGCUAAAUUUAACAGGUACCAAAGAAUCUCCUAAUAGCGUUACUCAGCAAACCGACCAAGCGCUUAAUUCGAGGCAAAGACCUAUAACAAGGAAGUUUUAUUACACCACUCCAAAGGUUAAGCCUAUAUGGAUAUCUCCUAGAAGAAAUAUUACUAAAGCUCACAGGACAACUUAUCCAACAACAAUAUAUUCAGAACAUUUCAAUAUCAAAGAUAAGUUUUCGACCACAAGCCGUCCGUUGUUACAUCAAAAAACAAUUUUGACAACUGUAUCAUCGGAUAUUGACCCAGUGUUACAAAGCGAUGUAAGCGGCGUUAAGAAAGUAGUCCAUUCACAGAAAAUAUCUGACAAUACAAUACCUUCAUUGUGGAAAAGGGGUUCAAUGAAGAUUACUACGACUGGUGCGCCGUCGACAGAGUUCGAAACAGCCGUAAGUGACUUGGAAAUACCUCCUACAAUGACAGCUUGGGCAUUGGCUAGCUUAAGAAGUCCACCGCCGUUGUCUAGUUCAGUAGUGAAUGUUAGCGAAUCUGUCCAGAAAAGCAUCGAUGAAAAUGAACUGCAGAAAGUCGGUGAAGUUUUAGAUAAGAGGGAAACAACCACAGUCUCGACAAAAAUAACAACUACAACGUCAACGGUCAGUACCCUAAGUAAUGAUAUAAUUUCAAAGAAUAUUACUGAUAUUGUUCAAAAUAAAUUACCUUGGAAGCCAGUUGCAUCAAAUGUUGAUGUAAACGAUGAAACAGUUACAAAAUCUGAGCGACUACAAGCUGAAAGUAAUAUACUGUUACAAAGUAGUCUUAAACCUUCUGAAACUAUACAACUUUCCCAAAAUAUAACAGAAGUUACUACGGAAAUAGCUAAAGAAAACCAAACAACACCAUCUUGGAUUUUGGCAAUGUACGAUAAAGAUAUUACUACUACAGAAGAGACACAAAAAACUGAACAUGAAACCAUUCAACCAGUUGAUGCAACAAAAUCAACGGGUUUCGAAUCGAUAACGAAACUUCCAUCGGGAGUUACGACGCCUACCGAUGAAAACGACGAAAUCGUCACUGAACAAUCCACAGCUCUAACUACCACUGAUUACGAAAUCACAACUAUUAGGUACUCCUACGUACCUACUGAAGAUAUAACAGAAUCUCCAACACCAAUAUCAAAUGAGGAUUGGCAUCCAGUGAUACCCACCAGAACUAUGGCGACUACGUUUGAAAACAAUCCUAUUACUACAUAUAGUUCAAAGUUUUUGACUACAACUGAAGUGAUCGAAGAAACAACCAGUGUACCUGUAGAUACUACCCCACAAUUAGAAGUUUCCUCACACACUUUAGAGAAUGCAACGCAACAACAAUCACAAACUAUCGAGCAAAGUAUUACUACAUAUAGGCCAAAAUUUUUGACUACAACUGAAGUGAUCGAAGAAACAACCAGUUUACCUGUAGAUACUACCCCACAAUUAGAAGUAUCCUCACAAACUUUAGAGAAUGCAACGCAACAACAAUCACAAACUACGGAGAAAAGUACUACUGAGGAAAUUACUACGUCUCGACCGACUACUUUAAUACCUACUACCGAAUCGUUUACAGAUUACGAAGAAACGACUUUGGUAUACACAACAUCUGCAACGUUAAUCAAAACGGAAGCAACGACAGAAGAAAUCCAAGAAAAUACAGAAUAUCUGGAGACAGUGACACCUUUUGCAGAAAAACAAACCGACAGUAGUUCAGAAGAAAACAGUGACAGUAACGAAGUUAUUUCGCAAGACACUAUUUCUAAAACUUCUACAUAUGCUACUUCCACAACCACUACCACGACGACAUUGGAAACUGAAUCAGCAACUGUCCCAAUAACAACUACUAUAGAAACUACUUCACCUGAAAUCAAAGAACAUGCGGACAUCGUUGUCACAACAGACCGUAAAGCGGAAACGACUGCUUACACAACGACUGAGAUUACCACAAAAUCUGUUAAUGAGUUAGAAGAUUUGACGAGCUACGCUGAAGAUAUGACCACGGAAACGUCUUCUAGAGUGCUGACAGAAGAAGCGGGAUCCGGGGCAGCAAUCGCCAUUGCUGUUAGCACAAUUGGUGUUAUAGCUUUAGUUCUUCUCGUGGGAUUACUGCUGGUAGUGCGACGUCGCGGCAGACGUGGCGUGUACGCGCAGCGAUGUACCCCGGUCUCUCUGGACGCGUACAGUCUGGACAGCGUCAGCGUGGGCCACAGGAAAGGCAACCAUCGCUUGCGUGCCAGCAAGAGGAGCUACGGCAACCCGGCUUAUGAUGAUGAGGUCACCUCCCAUCCAAUGCAGUACCCGGCUUUAGCUAACUUCGCUCUAGACGUGGAGUCGAUAUCAGCGGAGUUCGCGGAGAUCCCAUCUGUGUCGGUGCGUCCCGAGGAAGUCCCUGCGGGCUGCGAGGAUAAGAAUCGCUACUCCAACGUCCUACCACUGCCGGAAACCAGAGUACCACUGAGGAGGAUCGGGAACGACCCCACAACAGAAUACAUCAAUGCUAAUUACGUCACGGGUCCUGGCAACAUACGUAACUAUUACAUACUCUGCCAAGCACCGAUGUCCAACACCGUGGUGGACUUCUGGCGCAUGAUCUGGGAGCAGAACUCGCGGGUCAUUGUUAUGCUCACGGAGUACAUGGAGAAUGGUGUGGAGAAGUGCUACGAGUACCUACCACCAUCUGAGGUGUCGGACAACAAGAGAACCUUUGGGGACUACCAAAUCAUAUUGAAGAAGCGGGAGCAACGUGACAAGUACGCCAUCUCCACCGUGCAGUUGAUCAACACGAGUACCAGAACUUGGCGGGAGCUCACGCACCUUUGGUAUUUCUGGCCGGCGAAGGGAGUCCCCGACGACUACGAUUCUGUCAUUGAAUUCCUUUUAGAAAUGAGAAGUUACAUGAAGAUCUCACAGACUGCCAAAGAAUAUGACGAGGAAGGUGUGGAAGUGAUCUACGGCGAUCAGAGUAGAUCGUCAUACAAUAACUUGUCGAAGUUACGCAGCGACGACAACACCACUGGGAACGGGGCUAAUGUUUAUUCGCCAGCAAAGGCUGAGGAAUUGUUGAGGCGGGCUAAUAACGGGACCCUUGGUAGGAUGAAAGCUGCUUCGGAUAUUGAAGGCGUGAGGCCUUGCGUGUGCGUGUGUGCAUCGGGUGCAGGGAGGUCGGCAGCAUUCGUGGCACUGGACGCGUGUGCACGAGCACUGGUGGCCGGUGCGGCCGACUUGCCACGAACCGUGCGCGAGCUGCGUGCCCAGCGCCCGCACGCGCUCGCCAACCGCCACCACUACAUCUUCCUCUACAAGGUACUCAGUGAAUAUGGUAACAAAUUAAUGGGAAGUGGAGUGGACACCAUCUGA